GGAAGUUUCAUAAUGCGAACGAAGAGUGUGUUCGGUGUUAUCAAGUGCAUAAAAAAUUUGAGAUCCGAGUGAUCCCCUGAAAAUCUCAUGUUCGGUUGAUCUAACCUGUAAAUUGAUCGUCGACGGUUACCGAGCGACGCGCGAGGUCACGUGUUCACGGGCGGCAUUCAAUUCCCUUUAUAUUUUUUGUCCCUUUUGUUUUGAUUGGCCGACUUUUUCAAGCCGAUGGAGGUAGGACAUGGCUGCUAGUGCCGGAUCGGUAUUAGAGGACACGGAUGGUCGGCCACCUGAAUUUGAAGAGGUUAGCAUGGAUACAUCCACCCUCGAUGAGAACACUCUGCUAGGGUUGGAGGCCCUUUUAUCCCUCCAGUAUGGCCCCAACAACGAGGAAUCACCUGAUGAAGUGUUUCGGAAGAGAGAAAGACAUAGACGAAGUACUUCAGUCGCACACGGUAUUCACAAACGUAUCCAAAGGUCAAGUAGCAAAGAAGGAAGACCUAUUAAAAUGUUUCGCUCAAGAAGACCAAACCGAAAUUUGCAAAGAAAUUUUGGAUAAAGGUGAACUGCAAGUCUCUGACAAAGAAAGACACUCGACUUUGGAAUCGAUGUUUAAAGAUAUCGCGACGACAGUAGCUGAUAAGUGCGUCAAUCCAGAAACGAAGCGCCCCUAUCCAGUCUCCUUGAUAGAAAAGGCAAUGAAAGAUGUUCACUUCUCAGUCAAGCCGAACAGAAAUGCAAAGCAGCAAGCCUUAGACGUAAUUCCGCAGUUAAAGACAGUCAUGCCUUUGGAAAGAGCGCAAAUGAGACUACGAGUUUUCGUUACGGGAAAAGAAGCUAAGAAGGUCAGGGAGAAAAUAAUUAAAAUAGUUACAACCACAGAAAAGGAGGACUGGGAUGAUGGUUCCUUGAAUUUGAUAUGCCUUAUCGACCCAGGGCAGUACAGAGAAAUCGAUGAAUUAGUUCGUUCAGAAACAAAAGGUUCAGGAACUCUGGAAUUGUUAAAUCUGAAGGAAGUCACAGAAGGCGAGGAAAUUUUAGAAUAGGAGUAUUUGUAAUUUAAUCUACAAAAUGUCAUUUCAUUUUUAU